AUGCGGCAUCCAAUAGAUAUACGAAACAUAAACGUAAGGUCGCUGAAGAAAUUGGAAUUCGUUGCGAUUACAUCAACUUGCCAUCGACAACUACCCAAGAUCAGGCAAGAUAUACGUACCAUAAUUAACCAAGUCAGGAAACUUAAUGAAGACAACAAUAUCCAUGGAAUGAUCGUCCAGUUACCAUUAGACUGUGUCAAUCCUGUUGAUGAAUCUAUUUGCAUCAAUUCAAUCUCUCCGGAGAAAGAUGUCGAUGGGUUAACCUUUGUAAGUGCUGGUAAGAUUAUGCAGCGGUCUGAAACCAGGUAUUUCAUCCCAUGCACUCCGCUUGGAUGCCUAAAACUCAUACAGCAUUCAGGGGUUGGUAUUGCUGGUAAAAAAGCUACCGUUGUCGGAAGAAGCAAAAUUGCUGGUGCACCUAUCGCUAAGCUACUGAGCAAUCAGAACGCCACAGUUACAGUGUGUCAUUCAAAAACUGUUGGAUUAGAAAAUGAGGUCAAAACUGCGGAUAUCGUUGUCGUAGCCAUUGGGCAGUCAAAUGCUAUUAAGGGUGACUGGAUUAAACCUGGAGCCGUCGUAAUUGAUUGUGGAAUUAAUCAGAUACCAGAUUCAACGAAAAAAAGUGGUUUUCGCUUAUGUGGAGACGUUGACUUUCACGAAGCUAAGAUGGCAGCUUCAUGGAUUACUCCUGUUCCCGGAGGAGUUGGACCUAUGACAGUAGCCAUGUUGAUGUCAAAUGCUGUUUUAAGUGCCCAAUGGAAGGCAUCAUUUGAGACCACUUGGAAUACCAGCUAUCUGCCAUUGCGCCUUCUCGAGCCAGUACCAAGUGAUAUCGAGAUUGCCCUUGCCCAAAAGCCUAAAGAUGUUGCAGAUCUUGCUAGAGAGGUGGGAAUAUUACCUCACGAACUUGAACUGUAUGGGAGAAAGAAGGCUAAAAUCUGCCUUGAAGUUUUAGAUCGUUUAAAAAAUAGUGAUAAUGGAAAAUAUGUUGUCGUUACGGGUAUUACACCUACUCCUCUUGGUGAAGGCAAAAGUACUACAACUAUCGGUCUCACUCAAGCUAUUGGUGCUCAUUUGAGAAAGAAUGUUUUCGCUUGUGUUAGACAACCUUCUCAAGGGCCAACAUUUGGAAUUAAAGGUGGGGCUGCUGGAGGUGGAUACUCACAAGUUAUUCCCAUGGAUGAGUUCAAUCUUCAUCUUACGGGAGACAUACACGCUAUAACUGCAUCGAAUAAUCUUUUAGCUGCUGCAAUUGACGCAAGAAUGUUUCAUGAAACUACACAAACUACUGAAGCACUUUAUGGGCGCCUUGUACCUUUAAAAGAUGGUAAAAGAGUUUUUUCGGAAAUCCAGUUGCGCCGUUUAAGGAGAUUAGGCAUAGAUAAGACUGAUCCUGAUGCCUUAACUGAAGAAGAAUAUACUAAAUUUGCGAGGUUGGAUAUAGAUCCUUCAACAAUUACUUGGCAGAGAGUCAUCGAUACCAAUGACAGAUAUCUACGUAGCAUCACAGUCGGAGAAUCCCCUACCGAAAAGGGUAUUACCAGAAAAACUGCAUUCGAUAUAACAGUUGCAAGUGAGAUAAUGGCAAUACUUGCUUUGUCGACAAGUUUGGAAGACAUGAGAGAAAGGUUAGGUAAGAUGGUUAUAGCAAGCAACAAAUCAGGGCAACCUGUUACUGCUGAUGAUGUGGGAAUUACUGGAGCCCUUACAGUUCUUAUGAAAGAUGCUAUUAAGCCAAAUCUUAUGCAAACACUGGAGGGAACACCUGUAUUGGUACAUGCCGGUCCUUUUGCUAAUAUUGCCCAUGGUAACUCGUCUAUAUUAGCUGAUAAAAUCGCCUUGAAGCUAGUCGGUCCUGAAGGAUACGUUGUCACUGAGGCUGGAUUUGGUGCAGACAUUGGCAUGGAGAAAUUUUUCGACAUUAAAUGCAGAGUCAGCGGAUUGCUUCCAAGUUGUGUUGUUUUGGUUUGUACGGUUCGAGCUCUGAAAAUGCAUGGGGGAGGACCGAAGGUUGUUGCUGGCCAACCUUUAUCGAAAGCCUAUAAAGAAGAGCAUAUCGACUUAGCAAGAGCUGGAUGCUCAAACUUGAAGAAACAGAUACAGAAUGCAAAAUUGUAUGGAAUUCCUGUGGUUGUCGCCAUCAAUAGAUUUGUGAGCGAUACAGAAAAUGAACUGGCUGCUGUUAGGGAAGAAGCUAUUUCAGCUGGAGCUUUUGACGCAGUGGUAUGUUCCCAUUGGAAAGAAGGGGGUAAGGGGGCUGUAGCUUUAGCUCAAGCUGUGGAUAAGGCAACUGCGCUACCUAGCAAUUUCCAGUUCUUAUACGAUCUAAAGCUUUCUGUUGAAGAAAAGAUUGAAGCUAUUGCCAAAAACAUUUACGGCGCUGAUGGAGUUUCUUACUCGGAUGAAGCCAGGCGAAAAAUCGAUUUAUAUCGUAGUCAGGGUUUCAACGAUUUGCCUAUUUGCAUGGCUAAGACGCAUCUUUCAUUAUCUCAUGAUGCAACUUUAAAGGGAGCACCUUCGGGCUUUACAUUACCAAUUCGAGAUGUGCGUGCUAGUGUCGGUGCAGGUUUCUUGUAUCCACUGGUCGGAACGAUGAGCACAAUGCCUGGAUUACCGACCAGACCUUGCUUCUUUGAUAUUGAUUUAGAUUUUGAAACAGGAAACGUGGUUGGUUUAUUCUAA